UUUUAUACUUUAUUUUUCAUUUAAGCCCUAUUUAUUGAAAAAAAAAAAAGGCUAAUUUGACUAGAUUUAUAUAGGAGAGGGUAUCUUAUAGUUUUUUAUCAAGCCACGUGUUCAUAUUUGAUAGGACAAGGGUUUAAUCAAGCCACGUGUUCAUAUUUUAUCAAACGGUUCUCUUUAGAAAGUUUUAAUGAGUUUUUGUUACAAUUUGUUAUUUAAAUAUUUUAUUUGAUUUAGUUAUUUCAUCAGCGGUAUUAUUAUUUAUUGAAAAAAUAUUUUAUUGAGGAGCCCAGUUUGUCAACAAACGCCUAAUCCAGGUGGAGAACUUUUGAAGUCUUCAUAAAACGUCUACCCCUCUAAAAUACCGUCGGAGUAAUAGUCCAGUAGCAUUAAAUUUUUUUUUUAAAAUAACACUUUCUUUAAAACCAAGUCAAAUUUUUCUUUGACUGAAAAGUAUUUUUUGUUGACCAACUUUCCUAAUGAGAAACAAACACAUGAAAGUUUGAAAAGUGGUUUCCUGAAAACUACUUUUUGGAAAUCAAACACAACCAAAAGGAAAAACACUUUCCUAGAAACCAAGUCAAAUUUUCCUUUGACUGGAAAGUGUUUUCCAUUAACCGGAAAAUGUUUUCCUUUGACCACCUUUUAUAAUGGCAAACAAAUAUAGGAAAAUUUAAAAAGUAAUUCUCAAAAAUUACUUUUUGAGAAACAAACAUGGUCUUAAAAUUAUCUCACUGAGAUUUUUUUAUCGGUACUAGAUUGAGUCUAACUAUGCUUUAUCUAUUUUUUUUUGAUUGAUUUUUAUAAAAUUGGAGUCGAGUUUUGUAAAAAUUAAUUAAUUUGAAUAAAACUUGAAUUUUGAAAUGAUUGUUACAUAAGUUAUAUUUCAAUAGUGUUAUUUUUCUAAUAUUUUUCUGCACCAAAAAUCGAAACACAAACGCUGUGGGAUCCACUUGGUGGGUAGUUGCUGUCUUAAUGGUCAAUGAUAGGCCAAAUUCCCCCUCCCAUUUACACCGCUUGUGACCGGCCACCUACUCAGUAGUACAGGAACAUCACCUAAAUAAUUCUCUCCACUCCACCAGCUCCCUCUCAAGCGUAACAGUGCUUGUGAACUGAACUACACAGAAAAUGAACGAAGAUGAUGCACCGACAGUCAUAACAAUACCUUCAACAGUCACCUCCACCCCCACCCCCACCCCAACCACCACAACAGUACUAAAGAGAGAAAGCUCAGAAUCUAGUCUACUAUGUAAGACUCGUUACAAAUUCUGGGUCUUAUCUGCAAUCCUCCUCCUUGCUGUCUGGUCCAUGUUCACUGGCUCUAUUACUCUCAAAUGGUCCACUGGUGACCUCUCACAACACCCUUACAACCUCGGCUUCCAAACUCAAGAUGAUGUCGACAUUCUCGAAGUGGAGGAGAAGAAGAAACUGGUGUGGCGCAUGUGGGACUUGUACACGCAUAGCAGUAGGGGUACAAGAUUGCCUCGGUUUUGGGAACGGGCUUUUCAAGCUGCUUAUGAGGCUUUAGCAAGUGAUGUGACUGCUGUUCGAGAUGCUGCUGUAUCUGAGAUUGCCAAGCUUUCUAUUAGCUCCACCAUCAAUCUUGAUGACCCUUUUCCUGUUCAAUCUACAACGGAGGAGCAACCAGGAUUGGAUCUUCUGUUAGGGGAGGUCACGAGACAAGCGGAGCAGGAGAAGCAUACAGGGUGGGACCUGACUUCUCAAAUGCAAGUACAACAGGAGUUCAAGGUCUUUCUCAUUCCUGUUAGGAGUAGUGUCCUUGGUGUCUAGUUCUUUUGUAUGAAUUAAGGAAUUAGUAUUUCCAAUCCUUUUGUAUGGCUUAGGGUUAGCAUCCUUAUUUUCUUCUAUAUGAAUCUAGGAUGAAAUGGAUGUUGUAUUUUCUUUAUAUAAUUAUAUGACAGGGACCAUGUUAGUGUUCCUUUAUCUUAAUCAUAGAGACCUUCAGAAUUUAUGCUUGUAAUAUUAAUGUCAUUAAUCAAGUUUAUUACUA